AUGUUUCCUAUAAAUCACAAAACUAUAUUUGUGCUAGACCACACACCGUACUUCGGUAUAUCAUCUGAUAAUCCAAUAGACUUUGAUGUGCCGAAGAACCGGGGUUAUUUGCCUGUCCCACCGAUCUGUAAGUCAUUAUGGACAUGCAGUGUGGAAGCCGCAGUAGAGUACUGCAGGAUAGUAUGGGAUUUAUUUCCUGAAGGCAAACUGGUGCGGUUUGUUGUGAGUGACAACACAGCCCACAUGCUGAAUACAUGGGUUGCUUCACAACAAAACUUAACACAUCUCCUAAAUGGACUGUGCCUGGUGGGCCCCGUCAGACGUGGUGCAGGUGGUGACGUAGAAGGACUUGUAGCUGCCAUUGAGGCACUAGCAGAACCAUCACCUGAACAGGCCAAUAGACCUUCUGAAAGACAUUUUCAAAACCGUGGACGCGUAAUUUGUAUAACAAGUGCCAGAGACAAUGAUUCUAUUAAGAACUUAAAGGAGAUUGCUCACAACACUAUUGUGCAAAUUAAUAAAAAGGCUUCUAUGGUCCAGCCAGACAGUACUUCUGAUACUGCUCGCACACCUCAGCCCCUAAUAAUACAUUAUUGCCAUAUAGUGAUAAUAAAUGUCACACCAGAAAAUGCAGAAACUAGAGUCACCAAUCAACCUUUAGCAGAGAUAGCUGGUGGACAAAUCGGUGUAGAAGUCAUAGUCUCACGAGCAAGUGCAUUGGCCAAUCUGCUUGGUCAAUUGGUGUUGCCACACUACAAACUAGCUACCACCACUGUCACUGGUAUUCCUAUGAAGGAAGAACAAAAUGCAAGUUCUAGUGCGAAUUACGAUGUGGAGAUAAUUCACGCGGCUGACGCUCACGCUGGGCUGCGAGCGUCACAAACUGCUGCUGAAGCUUUGGAAUCGGUAGUACUACGGUGGUGGACGCCGCGUGGUGCCGAGGGAGGCGCGUCAGGAUGUUGUGGCUCUCUGUGGCGCGUCACUCCCGCCGACGUCGCGUCACGACCUUCAGCCUGUCUCGUCAACUUCUUACUUAAUGGCAGAUCUGUCACUCUUGAAGUUCCGAAGAAAGGCGGUGGUAGGUCAGCUUCGCACGUACUGGCAGCGCAAGGUGGAGAGUUGUGGAUAGGAGCACUGGGGGGCCGGACGCCAUACGAUGACCCGCCUGCGUUGUCCGAGGGAGCUGGGGGACGGGUCACUGAUUACAGAAUCAAAGAAUUUGGUGCACUAAUGCAACAAAACAGACUGUAUCCACUUCGAGGCGCCGGCGCAAACGCGCGGGCGAGGGCGCGCCUACAACGACAUACUACGUACUGGCCGCUCACUAUAUCUUCUACACUUAUAUUUAAUUUAGGAUCGGUAUUGGAACCACUAACCCGACUAGUAGUACAAGAAACGUUGACUGAUGAAGAAGUUGAGACAUGUCGCAAUGUACUCCUCUCCUUAUUGGCCAUGGAGUCGCGGCAUGAGUUCCCGACCAAUCAGCUUCCAUCUAACAUGAGAAGUAAAUCAGUGGGUCGUCGCGAGGAACAAUGGCGACAGGUGUGGGGAGAACUCGAGGCAUUAGUCAGGGCGCACGCCGCCGCGCCGCAACACCGCGCGCUACUGCGGGUACUGCUCGACUGCCGCGCUCAUAACAACCACCAGACUGACAGCGAAUCUCGUGCCACAGUGAUUCGCGCGACUACAGACUCGCCUCUGUCCCCGGGGGCGACCGGCAACGGCAGUUCUGCCAACGGCACACCCGGCAACGGCAACGACGUGUGGGCGCCCCGCAAUGUACUCGACGCGUUACUCGGCGCGCCCCGCCCCGCACGCCGACCAGACUUCGCCGGACGCAUGGCCGCCGGCACUCGAAUCGCGACCUUGUACCCCCAGUUACAACAAGACGUUGAAACGCCUCAUUAA